UUAUCUAGCCUUAUGAAACAGGAACCCAGGUUGCACUAUGGACAAAUCACAGAGUUAUGGAAUGGUUACGAUCAGUUGAUCUAUCUGAAUAUGCUCCUAAUCUGAGAGGCAGUGGGGUCCAUGGUGGAUUAAUGGUCCUAGAACCUCGUUUCACGGCAGAAACCUUAGCCUCCAUCUUGUGUAUCCCAGGGAACAAGACGUUACUACGGCGACAUCUUAGUACGCACUUUAUCUCUCUGAUUGGUCCUGAUAUUCAGCAGCAGAAGAGAGAAGCAGAGAAACAACCUAUGUUUGUACCUCUUAACUUCCUAGCAAAGGUCAAGCCUAAAAAGCGAACAUUUGGUAAGAGCAGGCGAGGGACUGAAAUGGAAGACUACGUCUGUCCAAUGGACCUUGGUCACCCCUCUAGUUUGAAUGGAAUGUCCCAUAUGAAUGGCAACCGGCCUCCUCCACCCAGUUACAAGGUAGAAGUUAGGAGUGCUGACAAGGUUCACAGACAGAGGGAUGAGGAUCAAGCAGAUGGACAGGAAAUGAAAGAAGGAACUGCUCAAAAAUUUGGUGCCCUAUCUCAAGAAAUUGAUUCUUUGACGACUAUGCUUUCAGAUGCUGAUGUGGAUAGAAGUACACAUGUGUGAUGUCAUCAUGCCAACCUCUCCUCCAGGAGGGCAUUGGAUACAAUCAACAACCUCUCAUCCAGCUAUUUUGCCUUUUAAAAAGUUUUUAGAAAACUGAAUUUAAGUCUCACUUUUACCUACUGAAAGUCACCUUACUAACUACUGACUGCAAGAAUGCUACUCUGUGAUUUGCUGAUUAAAAUGUUACUUUUAAUGGCAAUAACAUGUGAAUUUAAGCUGGUUAAAUGCAUAAAUGCGUCUUUUUUAUUAGAUGAUUACAUUAAAUCUGCCUUUAAAGUGAUUGAUUGAAAGUUUGUAUGGCUUAUUAAUGUCAGUAUCACUCCAUUCUGAUUAAUAAUUGAUUGCAUGAAUGCUUUCUUUGAUUGGUUGAUUAUGUUGAUUCCAUUUAUGUCAUAUUUUGAUAGCAAUAUAAUAGCUUCCAAAACCACAUAGACUGUAUUGAGGCAACAUUAUUUGCAAUCUUUGCUUUAUCUUCAUACUCAGAAUUGAUGCAUUCACAUACAACCUUUGAUAGCUUUCAAACCAUGCCUUUAAAUUAUCCCCCUUCUUUUGAAGUUUCAGAAUUGACAUAUUUUACUGCAUUUUGUUUUGAAAGAGAUCAACAAUAGAUUCACCCUGUUUUGGUAAUCAUAUAGUUACUGGGGUAUUCAACAAGAUACCAACCAGAAUGAUCCAUCAUGUAGAGUGUCUAAUCUACAUAUUUAAUGGAAUGCCUUUCAUUCAUUGACAUCAAUGAACUAACAUGAAACAGACACAUUCUAUGGACUUUGAACCACAUGGUUUGACUCCAUUUGUAAUCAGCUUUUGAUUUUAUGUUUAUUCUUCCUUCGGCACUGUUACAGGCCUGCCAACUUUUUCUUUUUUCCAGGAGUUGCACAGUUCUUAAGAUUUUGUAUUAACCAAAAAGAAGAACACUAGUCUCCCAUUUAUUAAAGAUAAAACUAAAUCAGCCAAUAUAUGUAUUUGUGUGGUGGGGUAUGGGUGUAAGAGUAACAUAGUUUUUCAAAUCUUGUAAUUUCUCAGUGCAUGAAUAUAAGACUGGUAAACAUGUCUUAAUUUAAAAAAAAAGUGUGGAAGACACACCAGACAUUGAGGAGAAAAUUUGGCACCUCUCAAUUCGGACUCUUUUUUUUUCAUUUUCAAAUGUUGGCGGGCCUGCUAUUAAAUAAAAAUUAUGCAAUUAUAAAAUUGAUCAUAAAUGUAGUGUAUGGUGAAUGAUGUACAAUAAAGUUACAACCCAUUGUAAAUGUUCAUUGUAAUUCUUCAUCUUUCCAUAGACUGCAAAAUGCAAUGUCAAACACGCCUCAUUGAAAGAAGGAAUAUAAAAGCCUGUGUGAAGUAUAUUCCCAUCAACUGGUUCAAGUGCAUUAUUUGUUUUAUACCUUGAAUCAUAAUCCCUAUUGAUGCUAAAAGAUUAAUAAUAAAAAGAGACACAUGUUCUUACUUUGUAUGCAACAAAUAUUUCUAUGUCUGUUCUCGGUUCCAAUUUAUUUGUAUAUUAUUGUUCAUUUAUGAGAUAUCAAGUUCUUCCAAUUUAUGUGAUGAUUAUGAAAACAAUGCAUAUUUCAAGUGACUUUUUAUGAUUCAAAUUAUUUCAUGGAGCUGUCUGUUUUGUCCAUUAGAUUUUUAGCAAACUUAUUUUACAUGUAUAUCUACCAUCCAGGGCCCUGUUGCAUAGAAGUUAUUAUUAUUGUUACGUUACCAUUCAAUGGUAAAUACCAUGGUAAUGAUGAUAACAGCCAAUCAGAUUUCACAAAUUUAUCAUUGGAUUGCAAAGUUACCAGAAAUAAAGGAAUAAUGAUUGCUCAUAAGGUAUUUGUAAAAACUGCUCCGAAGUGAUCUUGAGAGUUAAAUGGCGUACUUCUUGAGUAAAAAAAAAAUAUUUGACUUACAGUCUAAAGAUCAUUGUGGGGUAACAUUUUUACUAUUACCUGAAUAAGAGAACAGUCAAUAUUAUAAAACAAUCAUUUAUUUGAGCAGGGCAAUAGUAAACUAUUGCCUUGUGCAAUCAAACCAAUUAGUAAUUAUAUACAACAAAGCAUUUAGGGCACUAAGGGGUCAUCCCCAUCUUAUGUACUUAGCUGCUCUUACAUUAGCCUGUGAGAGAUUGUUUACUGAGUAAGCAUCAAAAUACUGGAAUACAGUCAUCAGUAACUACAAGUGUUGAAUACCCAUCUAUUUCGGUUCAAUGAUCUGUAAAUGUCUGUCUAAACUACAUAUAUUGCCUUGUAAGACCCAUGAAUUCCCCUUGUUUGUUUGUAUUGUAUAAUUUUCACAUCUUGUAUAUGAAAUGCAGAAAACUUUUGGCUUAGUCGAAUCUCUUGUGGUCACAGAAACCCGUUUGACUACAUGUAGAGGAAUUUGACAUAGAAAAGGUAUACAUUGUGUCCCACAAAAAAUGAUUCCCAUUUUCAGAAAAGGAUAUGUUUUUGUUAUAAAUUUUGGCACUUAAGGUGAGAGUGAAAUCUCUUAUGACCAAAACCUUAGCAAAUCAUUCACUCAUGGCAUAUUACAAACAAUUAGGCAUAUCAGAAACGGUUUGCGCAGAAUCUCAUGUGUGAAUAUGAGAUCAGUGAGAGAAGCUUAACAAAGAAUACAAAAGAAAUCCUAAUGUGCCAAUAGUCAAAUAAGCAAUGUUGUAUGUUAAACUAAUCUUGACCAAUUUUUUUGUGCAACUUAAUUUUUACAUUGAAAUUUCAAAGUCAUCUUGCUCAUUAAUGGGUGAGGUAUUCAUCUCAUAUUAAGUAUCAAAAUAUGGAAGAAUAACUGUAUUCUAUGGGGUUGUAAAUGAAAUCAUCAUAAUUCAUUUGCGUUUAAAAAAACAAGACAUGGGAAUCCUGGUUUCCUUUUUCGAGGACACAAUGUGUAUCACAAUUUUUUUUUUUUGCAUAAUGUGGUCUAAAAUGCUUUAAUUUGGACCAAUAUUAGACUUUUACUGUAUGGAUGGUUGAAUCAUGCAAGUUAUCUCUAUGUUAUAUUUUUUGCAAUAUUAUGCCUCCAUUUAUGAUCACAAUUCAGACUUUUAUCAACUUAGUUUCAGCCUUUGAAAACAAAGUUUUGGUGUACAAAAUAGCUCAUUCUAGAUGAUUUUCAUUCACAGUGGCAUUCCUACAUGCUUGCUUUCAGGGUAAUACACAUUUUACCCCUGCUAAAUAUAUCUGGGUCAUAUGACUCAAUGGAUUGAUAUCAAAAUUAUUGCAAAUAAAAGGAAUGAAUAUUUUCAUUCGAAUGAACUCAGCCGUAAUUAUCACCUCUAUAAAAAUUCAUGCUCAUAAUAAAACAAAAAUGAGAGGAAUUCACUUGAAAUUAUUAUGUAGUCCUUUAUCCCCAUUGCUGCCCAAAAUAUACCAGUGUAGUAAAAUGCCUUUAUUUUUUUUAAACUUGGAAAAAAUAUUUAUGAAAUUCACUUUUUAAUUGAGUUGACAUUCCAACCCUGUGGCCAUAUGUAUUCAUCGUGUGCAUUGCUGUGACCAAGAGCGCUGUGAUGGAGACUUCUCAUUUAGCCUGACCUUUACAGAGGGUAACUGAAAAUGCAUGGGUGCUGUGAUUUUACAGUGUUUUUUGGGUUCACUGGACAUUCUGAAUUAUUUGUACUUGAAUAAGAUUUAUGAUAAUAUUCAUUUGAUAAAAACCACAUCCAUUAUUAAAACAAACUCAU